UCAAUUUCGGUUAUCAUAAUUCUCUAUCAUCUUUUCACAAUCUAGAUUAAUUUACUUACUAUUCACCAAUGUUUAUCUCUCUGUUGUUGUUUAUAGUUUGCUUCUAUGCAAUCGUGAUAUGGGGGUACUUGAACUAUUGUGUGAAAUACUACAAUCAUUUGCUUACUUCUGUAGCUCUGACUCAUGCACAAAAUGUUGUAAACCAUGUAAUACAUACACAGAUUAAAUUAUUGUUCAAAUAAUGUCAACUAUUUCUCUCUCAAUGCGUUCAAAUCUAUUCAGUAGACAUUUAAAAUGAUACAUAUUACAUUGAACAUUUUGAUAUUGUUUUGAUCAGUGAUUACCGAAUAGUCUUGCUUUCUUCAUUGAGUCGGCAUGACAGUUACAUUGUGAUAGGUAGCAAGUAGCAAUUAUUCUACAGUCAUAGUGAACAACAGUAUCAGCAUUUUAGUCGAGUCACGUUACAAAUACAAUUGUCAUUUUUCAAAUGCUUACGGAAACUUCUUUGUGGCUAAAUUUAUAAGUCAUAAAAUUAAAAAAAUGACUAACUGCUAAACAUUGUGAAAUUUAAAAUGUUUCAUAGUUUUUUACUCAAGGUGUAGCAUAACGCAAAACCAAAGUUCAAAUAAUAAACGGCUAAUGAUACUUAAAUUUAGAAUGUCAGAAACGCUUAAAACUCUACAUAGAUCUACCAUUGAUAUCGAUUUCGAAUUCUUUCUCUUUUAAUCAUUAACCAUUCCAACCAAUAGGUUUCUAUUCCACCCUACCUACUUCCAUCUGAGCGACCAGAUGAUACCAUUGGUUCUCACACAAUGUAUUAUGGCUCAUAGUCGAUUACAUAAAUCUGUGAGUUAAGCGCUCUGAAUUAUAGACAAACCAUUCCUGUCUGCAUUGUAACACACAGUCGUCCGAUACACAGUCGACAACUUUCUGAGUUUGUUGUCAUUGUCUUUUUCUGACUUCUUUGAGAUCCCCUUGACGUUCAGUUUCAGCUACUUGAGAUAUCGAAGCAAACAAUUCCUAUGCAUGUCAAAAUUCGCAAAACCAAAGGUUUACACGAAGUCAGUGAGUUUCUAAAAACUGUGUUCGGGUACCUCCCGGGUGAAGCAAAUGUAACUUUCAAUUUCAAGACACACUUUAAACUACAACAUAAUGAUUCAAUCUCGUGUUAUCGUUUACAUAUUAAAGAUGAUAUAUUAUCAGCUAACAAUUGUAAUAAGUAUGGUAAAAAUGCUUGGGAUAUGCAGCCUAAUACUACUACUACUACUGUUGGUGCAGCUAAUCGUACAAUUAGUUAUUGGUGUUUCAGUCCUGGACGAUCUGAAAGCUGCUUGAUCACUAAGUAAAUUGCUAUACAACAAUUGAUCCAACAAAAUGUACGUUGUAUCAUUUUAACUAGUGGUACACUCUAUCCAAUUGAACCAAUAGAAGCUGAAUUAAACUUGAAAUUUCCCAUAUCACUCCGUAAUCCUCAUGUUAUUAAUCCAGACCAAUUGAAUUUAUCAAUUAUACCACGUGGACCCGAUGGAGAGAAAUUAAAUGCCACCUAUUCUGUACGAGAAACAUCUGCUUAUCGAAAUUCAUUAGGUCUACUAUUAAGUAUGUUAAUUAUUAUUAAUUAAAACUUUGUAUUUUUCAUAAACGAUUACACUGUAUCACUGUUUAUUAGGGCCCCUAAAUUCUCUGAUUCAGCUGAGGGCGAGGAGAACUCGCUCUCCACUGCCAGGAAAGUCUCGCUAACUACCUUCUUGCAGUGGUAGUGUUUUUCACGAUAUCAAGAGAACAAAAAGAGAAUGUUCGACGUUUGAACCGAGUUGUUUGAAGUUGGAAAACCCUGAUUCUUAACCAAUGGUACACAUAGGCUCCAGUAUCCUGAGGGAACAAAUGGCGUAUGAACCUAUUGUCGAUCACCGGCUACCAUAAAACUGCAUCUCUUAACGUUGCUCCACUGCCUUGUGGAUUAGACUUCUAGGUCAAAGGCUCUGGGAUCGGCCUCCUGAAAAAAGCAAUUUCGGUCUAGGCACCUGGGAUCAAUAUGUUUACAAAAUCAAUCCAAGUCGUACGACUGAAAUGAACUGAUAGAUAUCCACAAAGGUCCUCUUAUAAGAGCACUCAAUUUACGAUGAGCCUGUUGAAGGUGUGCAUAAUGAGUUAUAUCUAGCCAAAAACUUAACGUGUACGUUACAAUGUAAAUGAAAUUCUUCAAAAAUUCUACUGUCAUAUAAAGGAAGUUGAAAAAUAAUCUCAUUGAAAAUAGUUAGGUUUGAUGGUGUAAGAUGACACUUCCCUGCUGCCUAUAUUAUGGAAGAAUAUUUAUUAAGUUUUCUAAAAAUAAUGCUUGAUUUGGGGUGAAUUUGAGUACUCGGUAGCGUUUUCAUUAAACCCAGAAAAAGGCCCGCUGCACUUGACCUUUUUGUGACAUUUUGAUAUGUUAGCUUCAUUUUUUCUAACCUUACUGCCAGCGAAAAAAUUCCACUGGUCAAUUUGAGGUAUUCUGCUUUUAAGACCUACCUUUCUUAACCCCUUUGUACGUUGUGGUUAAGCGACAUCGCUGAAUAUACCGCUUAGAAAUCACUACUGCCAUCACACCAUACAGUUAGCAGUACAACUUGGGUCUCUAGCUUUAAUUUGGUACUUUUAGUUUUAGGACCUUAUUGAAUAAGUGUCCCAGCCAAUUUGGCUCGAUUCGGUCAUCAGGAUAGGUAAGCUGACCACCAUGUCGGCAUAGUAGUCAUAGUUAAGAAUGUAUACAAAAUUUGCAAAUGAUUGAUACGGAGAUUAUUGUUUGAUUUUUCAUUUUCUCAACUUAUCAGUAUCAAAAGCAUUGAAGAACAGAGUUGUUUACGGUUUUUAGUUUUUAAGAAAUAAUCUACCAUCUAUCAGUGUAUAAUUAUUUCUACAUUUGAUUAAACUGACUAAAAUUAUUGUUCGUUAUUUUCAUUUCUUUUUUAAAUGAAAAACUUCACUGGAUUUUUGCUACAUCAUCAAAUGACACAACUUUUGUAAUUGAUCUCCAGUUCAAUUAGCUGAAGUCGUACCUGCUGGUCUAUUAAUAUUUUUUCCAUCAUAUGCGUUUAUGUCACAGUGUAUCGAAUUUUGGAAGGUAGUUUUUUUUAAGGGAAUAUAUUUAUUAAGAAAUAAAAUUAUAAUAGUUGAGAUCAUGAGUCAAUUCAAGCUAGACCACCAUGGAAAACCUGUAAGCUCUAGACGGCCGUUUCGUUCUAGUAUGGGACUCUUCUUCCAUGAUCCCGCCUCGCAAUAUUCGAUCCCAAGAUUUCCAUGGUGAUAUAGCUUCAAUUGACUCAUGAUCUCAACUAAUAAAAUUACUAUAAUAUCAACCAAACCCCUUCUGAUACAAGUAAAAUUGUUUGAUUCAUGAAUUGAUUUUUCUUUCAUUUUACACGUUAUAUUGAAAUUUUAAUGGAUUACAGUGUUGAAUGUUUCGAUCAAAAUACAAUUUUGAUCUAAUCUUCUUACUUGUUUUGUAUAAAAUUGAAAUGGUCAAAAUAUUGUUAUCAUUUCUAUGCUUAUUUGAAUGUGUCAAGUUAUUUUGUAAUAAUCGGUUAUGUCUCAUAUUUUACUUUUAGAAGCGUUCAUUUAAAGUCCGAGGGGGAAUUCAUGCUGCUAAUUGUAUAGAGGUGUUACGGCAGUAGGGCGUUUCUUUCAUACAACCAGCAUAACAGCAAUGCUGCCUUCCCACAAGAAAGGGUCGUGUUAGAAAGGUCGACCCUAAAAAUGAUCACCUCGUAUUAUCACGGAUUUCUGUCUUUAGCGAUAAGAUCCCAACAAGUACGGAGCUAACACGAAAAUUACUCACAAAAAGGUCGUGUGUGACUGACUUCAAGCAGUUGUCCCUUGGGCACUGCGGUCACGCUCUCAGGCCACUAAGCUUACCUCUAGUCUAAUUUCCUUUUAAGGUACAUCUAGAGGAAUCUCUCCGCGGUGUAGGCAACCGGGAAGUGAUAGCCGCCCUCAUACCUCUAACAGCACUCAAGACACUGUAUUCAUAAUCAAUUUUUCUCUUUAAUUUCUAUUAUUCCUUCUAUCUUGACUAUCACCUGUAAACGUCCUCCUCACGUGCCACCAUAGCCAACGAUUUUAGUGCUCAGAAUACUGUCCCAAGUCUACUGAAACCCCGUUCCAAAAUACACAUUGGAACCAACAUUCAAUUUAAUUGAUAUACAAAUGUAUCAACUUUCUAUUAAAUUUUUACAGUUGAGAUGAUUAUGAACUUAAUUGAUUGUCAUGUAUAUUUCACAAUUGGAACGAAUAAUAUACGCG